AUGGACGUUGUCUGGCCAAGCUCGGGUGGUGGAGAUGCGGGGAACCAUAGGUUUGAUGUGACCGCCGCUUCUACCGUGCAAGUUCUACAAGCAGCAAGCUAUGGCAAUCUUCGUGCUGAUGCGAUGGCAGAGUUUCAAGAGCGGGCGCAGCUCUUUCAGCUCCUGAACAAUAAGGAUCUCGAAGAGGACUUGCACUGGGAUGUAUACUUGUGGAUGAUUAAGCGGCACUGGGCCCUCGUUUUUCAUCCUCGGUUGGACGAAGCAUCUGAAGCAGGUUCGAAGCCCGAUGUGCACCAUGAACUUCGCGUAGAUUCGGAUUAUCUUCGCCGGGGCGAUGGACAGGGCUGUGUGGUCCACAUACCUGUCAACCAAGCCUAUGUUGUCAUUGAGCUCUUAGUAGCUGAGUGGCCAUGUGAGGAGUUCUUUCCGUACCUCUCGAUCUUCCCAGGUUUCGACGAAAGCAAGGAGAAUGUUGCGAACUUCGGUACAGCAGGGCCUUGCAAGCUGGAGUACAUCACAGAGCAGGCCAUGGAAGUGAUGAGAUCUUAUAGAAUGUACGGCCUGGUGGGCUGCAAUUGCCAGCAUUUCGCGGUCGACGUUCUCAAACGCUUGCCGGGCAUCAAGGAUGCUCCGAGCCCCGAUGACCAGCGUCUCGCAGAGGUCAUUGAGAAGAGCGCGCAGGCUAUCAGCAUCACCAACGGUGUGUUGAAAGGUUUGUGUUGUGCAAAGACUGCAUCUACUUUGGGCAGCAGUCUUGCGACAGGAGGAGUGGCAGGAGGUGCGGCCGGCACAAUGGCACUUGGUGUAGGAGUGGCAGUGCUGACAGGGCACAUCCUGUGCGGCUGUGCUGUUGGUGCAGCUGCCUCUACAGGCGUUCGCAGAGGCUACGAGUGGGUCAGCAACCGUCACCGCCGAGCAGAGCAGGCUGCUGAGAAGGCAGCCAAGGAGGCAGCGAAACUCCGUGAGGAGGCACAGGCAGCUGCUUCGGGGCUUGCUCAGGGGGCCGAACGCUUCCUUCAGCUGCCCACUGAGACCAAGCCAAGCACGGUCGAUCUCCUCUUCCAGGAUGGACCGUUGGGCUUCGAGUUGGAAGGUCCUCGGGUGGUGGCAGUGACCGCAGAGGGGCAGGCGGAGCACCUGGGGUUGCGCGUUGGAUCGCGGCUGUUGGCCGUUGAGGGCGAGGUCAUACCGGCGCCUCCUGCGGAGGAUUCACCUGGGACGGGAGAUGCCCGUGUGAAGAGGCUCAUUCGGAAAUGGAUCCAAGGCAAAGCCCGCCCGAUUUCGCUGACUUUUGAGCCCCACGAAGGAGUUCCACGAGGCGAAGGCGAAGCAGCUUCAGCUGCCGGUGAAGAUGCUCAAGCUCUUCAACCUCUCAUGUCUGAAAGCACUGCACGAUGCACAGCCGAGUAUCGUGCUGACGAAGCUUUGUUGGGCAAUGCAGAAGAAGGUUGGGCACCAGACCUGCCUGGAGAUUUCCAGCAAGAUACAGAUGGCUGGGGACACGAUGCCCUGGACCUCGAGAUUCCGCAGGAAGCAGCUGAAGUGGAUGACGAGACGAAUCAGGAGACAGCAAUGAGCUUCGACGUUGCAGACCAGCCGCCGUUGGAGCAGGCUGCCCCUGAAGCAUGUCCGGGUGAAUUGACUGAGCCAGCGGUGGAUCGGCUGCAGCAGGAGAAGGCUGAUGCUACGGAAGCGUCAGAAGCUUCUGCCCAUCAGCCUGUGGCCAAAGAUGAGCCACAAGAUCACGAGGAGUCCGCAGUUGUUUCCGUCGCGACGGCCAAAGAGACGCCGUUCGCAGAGCAAGCUAUGUUGGGAUCAAAUUCCGCUGCAUCGCUAGCGGCCGAGCAGGAGCCCGCAACGAUAUCUGACACGACGGCCAAAGACAAGCCGUCGCCAGAGCGAGCCGCAGAGGGAGCCGAAAAUGCUGAUUUACUCGGUGAGCUGAUGGUGGAUGAGCUUCCAGAGCAGGAGUCCGCAACGAUAUCUGACACGACGGCCAAAGACAAGCCGUCGCCAGAGCGAGCCGCAGAGGGAGCCGAAAAUGCUGAUUUACUCGGUGAGCUGAUGGUGGAUGAGCUUCCAGAGCAGGAGACUGCUGAUGCUACAGAAGCUGCAGAAGCUUCUGCUGUGGCCGGAGAUGGGCCAGAAGAUCACGAGGAGAUUGCUGAUUUUACGGAAGCUGCAGAAGUCUCUGCCGUGGCCAAAGAUGUACCACAAAAUCACGAGGAGACUUCCGAUGCUACGGAAGCUGUAAAAGCAUCUGCUGUGGCCAAAGAUGAGCCGCAAGAUCACGAGGAGUCUGCAGUCGCUUCUGUCACGGCCAAAGAGACGCCGUCCGCAGAACAAGGAUCAAAUCACUCUGCACUCGCCGAGCUGUGGUCUGAGCAGGACACUGCAAUGUUUUCGGCGGAAGGGGUGGCCAAAGAUGCACGACCUUAUGGUGAGGACUGUCCAUGUUGCCGUACUAGUUGA